CAGACUGAUUACAGCCGACACUUGGACGAAAUCGCCAAAAUGGCGGAACGAACAACGUUGGAGGCCGUACAGAGAUUGCUCAUUUGUGGGAAGACGUUAGAAGCUGUGGACCUGAUUGCCAGAUGGGAAGCCUAUAGGGACGUGAAAGAUUCUGCCAACCUGACAAUGGAAGAGGAGCUCAAACUAUUUUUGAGGAAAAUUGGGAAAGUGGAGGAAAUCGUCGAAGCGCUGAAAGCAUAUGUGUCCACCGAACCGGACACUGUAUUACGGAAAUUGGAAGAAAAAUUGAACGUCGUAGCUCAGGCAGUGAAAAAAGAAGGUUCACUCAAUGCUGGUGGAAAAUUCGAAUGGGUCGACUCCAUAUUGGUCAAGUGUUUACAAGAUGGAUCCUGGCUGCUCGUAGACAACGUGAAUCUUUGCAGUUCAGCUGUACUAGAUAGACUGAACGCGCUACUGGAACCCAAUGGCGUACUAACGAUAUCCGAGAGGGGUGUCGAUGACACUGGUCGGAUGAUCGAAAUCAAACCCCACAAAGAUUUCCGCAUGUUCUUCACCAUGGAUCCCAAAAACGGAGAAAUUUCUAGAGCGAUGAGGAACAGAGGCAUCGAGCUCUACAUCCUGAGCGAAAACGAAACCAAAACAUCCAACGAAUUCGACAGGUUAGGUCUUAUCAACCUGGAAGGUAUGCAAAACACGAUGGAGAUCGUAUCUUUGAACAGAAUCCACGCCUCCAUUUCUGAUCUGACAUUGGGAGAGAAACCUACCGUAAAAGAACUUCUACAAGCUGCUUCUUUAAUAGCCCAGCAAAUAAAUAUGGACAAGAGCACUCUAGAAGUAUUCACAGACGUUGUCAUCGAAGUUUACUACAAAACUAGAUCUGCUUUCGAGUUUGACAGCGAUGAUCCGGUAGCAGUCAUCAAAAAUGAGGUCAAGCAACAAUUGUGUACUGUACAUGAGUUGGAUCAUAUGCCAAUAGAGGUAAAUGACUUGUACGAUGACAGUAUCACUCUGAAAACAAGCAACAUUGGGGUUGCCUCUAUGAUAGAAAAAAUCAAACAGCAGUCGGUUCUUCUCCUCAAAUAUUUAGGUAAAGAUGUGAACUUUGAACUGCUGCAUCGCUUUGUCAACUAUUAUUCUAUAUCUUCGAUAGAAGAUCUGGAUAUGAGACAUUGCUAUAUCGAAUCCAAACUCGAGGAUCCAAGCUUCCAUAAGUUCGUUGAGGACUUGUAUAACAUAACAUCCAGUGUUAAAAACCCUGGGUGUAAGUACCUGCCUCUCGAUAAUAACUGGACCCCAGACACAUUCCACCUUGAGAUAGACACACUGCAAAGCAACAAGUUGAAUUUGGCUCUGUUUCUAACCUCUUUCUAUUUCCUGGAGCGACAUGAGCGAGAAGAAACUAAAAAGAAGAAUAGAAAGACUAAGAGUGUCAGCUUGCUGGACUACAUGCACGAAAGGGAAUGCAACAAAAUUGAAGACAAGUUCAACGAUGCCGUCAUCGAUAAUUACAUCAAACUGAUCGAAGAAUUCGAUAAGUUCGUGGUCAAGGUGACUUCUAACUUGCACACAUUAUCCAACAACGAUACUAUCCGUCUUUGUUAUUUAGCCUCCUGGAGGUUUCUGCUCCACAAAUGUACCCUGACGAACAUAAAAAGUUUAACACCUGCUAAACAAUAUGACAUCCUCGUCAAGCUAUCUGCACAUUACAAGUGGUUCAAUAAGUUUUCCGUGAACCAGUUUAGUUCCAUCGUCCAGAUAGAUUUACCUGCAGAACUGACCACCGUUUUGGGAACCAUCAACUCCAAACUGGAAGGGCAUUUCGCGCUCAUGCAAAAGCUUGGCAGCCACUACCAGAAACACAGCAAUAGGCCUUACAUAAACAGUGCUCCGUUGGAAGUCAUCUCGGCAUACAAUAGCAUCAAACAUUGCUAUGACUUGUGUCAAAAAGGCAGCGAUGUCGUCAAGAUUUUGAGAAUCUUCAAGCAAGAAACGAAACUGAAAGCGUUGCUAGUCGAGGUCAAGUCGAAGCUAGACUACUCGGCUUGCGAGCUCAGCCAGGAAUUGAGGGACUUGCACCUCAAAUGCAGUGGCAUGGAGGUCCAGCUUGAGCUAGGCGAGUUCGAUUUGAAAGUGUCACCUCUGCUGGACGUUUUCACUCAAUUACAAGUGAGAACCGGGAUCUUGCGAGUGGAUCCCUCGGUGUUGGCCAACGAUAUCCUAGUGCCUCCUGAGUUUAGUGGGGCCCUGAUGCUUUACCAUGAGCACCAAAACCCACUUUUGCUCCCCGAGAUCAUGAGAUCGUAUUAUACGUACUUGAUGUACUCAGCUAGCACAAGACCAGGAAGAUAUUUGAAAAGGGAUGGGGAUAGGGAUGAUCUGGUUCUGAGCUGUUUCAGUCCCAGACUCGCUUUUUACUUCAGCUGUCUGUUGGUGGAUGAUCGAGGACUCGGGAACAGUGCGAGCGUGACUCUUGGAAACUUUAGAGAACUCACCAGAGUUCAUGGUGAAUUGAGUGGGAUUCUGUGGGGGAAUGUGUACCAGCUGUCCGAGACGAAAUAUGAUAAUUUGUAUACAGAAAAACGGCAAAUCAUCAAGAUAUAUGAAACAUUAAUAGAAGAACUGUUCCACUCGAUGAAAAUCAACUUUCCAAAGCACCAACCCUUACAAACACUAACAAUUACACUAACUGACGCACUGCGGCAAUGGAAACACGCCAGUACGUUAUCGGAUCCACAGGAGGAGCUUGAAAAAUUCAUAAAACGUCUACAGAAAUCCUCUCUGAACCUAACCAAACUCCAAAAUUGCUCCACUUUGAACGAAAGUCUUCUAAUAAUAUCCGACUUGUAUAUGGAUCUCGGUUACGUUAAAGCCACUCUGAAUUCGAAACUAACACCGAUUGAUCCCUUGGUGAAAAGAGUUUCCAAAAGGAAUUACUGCGAUGAUUCGAUCGCCAUGUUCGGCGACAUGAAGAAGUGUUACGAAGAACAGAAUGCGAUAUAUAGUAACAAUGAUAGUACGCGACAUGCAUAUUGUGAAUCCAUAGGAAAACUUCUUGAGGAGUUGACAGUGAAGAGGGGCAAAUAUGCGCCGUAUUUCAGAUCGAGUGAUGCGCAAUACGAACCAGUCUUGAGGGUUGUCAAUUAUGCUUUCUCAACUAUCCUAUCAGAUGACCACGUCACCAAAAUAACUUCCACUUUGAACAGCCACAUUCUGAAUGUUCUUGAAGCGCUUUCCGACCAAAGAGACAUCGACCUUGGACAUCACGCCGCCGCGCUUUCCAGACACGAAUCCAUGGUAUCUAGCUACGAGAAUUUGAUCCACGAAUGGAACACUUUCUGGGGUAGUUUCCCUGAUGUGGUGGAGCCGCUUAUCGGUAACAUCACCGAAUUCUUGUAUGGUUUGAAGAUGAAGAUAUUCCUUUUGAAGAAAUGUUUAGCUGAGUAUGAGUUCACCAAGUUGGGUGUUGAUGUCAAUAGGCAGUUAGUGAAUUUCGUCAAGUUGCCAGUUUUGGAUGGGAAUCAGAGCAGCUAUGAGUCGUAUUUGAGCAUUUUCGCUGACAAGAAUUUUAAUAAUUUCGUCAACCAUGUAUUGGAAGAUGAUGAACACCCUUAUGUGAAAAAUGAAGAGAGUUUCAGGUUGUUGAAGCUUGGUAUUCAAGAAAGUUUCAACUAUUGUGUUAUUGAUGCUAAAUCGGCAAAUGUGCUGACGAAAAAUACGUUCCUAGAAUUCAACAACAUCAUUAACGUCUUUGUUCAUGCUUAUAAUAAACAUCAGGAGGAAAAGGAAACUAGAGAAAAAGAAGAAGGAAGUCUGUACAAAAUAAAGACCAAAUGUGAUGAUAAAACAGAAGACGAACAAUCAGAAGAAGAACUGAAAGAACUGUUUCCUAACUAUCACGGUAUCGACUUUUCAGAUUUUCAAAAUAAUGCCGUUUUGUCUGAUGAAGUUGAUGAGUCAAAUUUAACAUUGAAACACAAAGAUGUCAUUUCUCCUAGCGAUCUCAAAGAACUAGUACAUUUACAUGUUGCUUUGAUGAAUAGUUUCACCAAAACCGAGUGGUUGAAUCCCAGUAAAGAUAAAACUAUCCAUCAUGAUUUUAUACAGCCUGUGAUGGAAAAAUUCAGAACGUUCGCCAAAAUUUUGGCAAAAUCAGUGCACAGUUUGGAUUAUACCAUAGAUAACAGAAUCCUAGGGAGUCUAAGUGUACUGUUAGCUGUGACAAAAAGUCAUGGUGAAUCUAGUAACCUGUGUGAUCAACCAACUUCUCCUACCAGAAUGAUCAAUAAAACGGCUGGGGAUUUUUACAAAGAUUCCAACGUGGAAGAAGUUAAAUCUUGCUACCACAUCUUGGAAGAACUGAAAAUAAAAACCAAUCAACUCUUGAACGAAUGGCCUGAACAGCCUACUUUGAAAACGAUCAUUUUGGUUAUCGAUAGGAUAUCAUCAUUCGACAUAAAUAGUCCCAUCUCCAGAUUUUUGACUGGUUUCGAGAUUUUGCUAACUAAAUGUCACGAAUGGGAGCAGGUCGCUCACUCUGGUGUCAGCCUGAGUCAGCAUUACCAAAAUAUCACCGAACAGAUCAUAACGUGGAGAAAGUUGGAAUUGACGAUGUGGAAGGAUCUUUUGAACAGAACAUACGAAAGAAUGAACGAAUCCUUGGCAAAAUGGUGGCUAUAUUUGUUCAAUAUAAUGAGGCAAUUCAUAGUGGAAAAACUGUUCACGGUACAAGAACUGAUCGAAACUUUGCAAAACUUUCUAUCCAAGUCGAAUCUGGCCGAAUUCCAUGGCAGACUCGACCUAAUCCGAGUGUUCCACUGUCAUGCCACCUAUCUGGAAAGAACCAAAGAAUCGGAAGAAUUCAUAAAUGUCUUGUGGAACUUACAGAGUUACUUUCAACAGUUCGGUACUACCGUCUCAAACAAAAUCAAAGACUUGAGAUCGCCGAUAGAGAAGAAGCUCAAAGAGUACGUGAAGAUCGUGAGAUGGAAAGAUAUAAAUUACUGGGCGAUAACAGACACUGUGGACAAAUCUCACAAAACGUUGCACAAGUAUAUGAGGGAGUUUCAAGAUGUACUGCUUCAGCCAGUGUCGUCAUGUUUGCACAAUACCAACGUUAACACGGCAAAUGAGAAUGUCGGUAUUUGGGAUAGGCCGCAGAGGCAGGUCCCGAAAACUUAUCAUUACACAUUGGAUCCGGAAGCUUACAUGGCCAAACAUUCCCUAGUCAAGAAAAUACAAUUGAGUGAAACAGAAGAAAACCAAGGCUUAUUGAGCAAAACUGAAUCAUACUUCCUGAAAUCCAGGAAACUUUGUAAGGACACCAUUUUGGCGACCAAAUACCCAAGCUUGGUGCAAAGUUUGGACAGUUUUGUAUCAACCAUAAUCGAAACUAGUUCACAUUUACAGAAUUUAGAGGUUGAUAAGAAUAUUCCUAAAGAAAAGCAGAAGGGACAGGCAAAAAGUAUUCUGCAACAAAAACACAGAGCAUUGGCUGACUUGUUCAAAACGCUCAGUAAAAUCGGUUUAUCUUUCAGAACCGGAAUCAUCGAGAGCAAACUGAAAAAUCCUGCUUCUGAUUUUGUUCUGAAACCAAUCGAUUUAAGUGCAAACUUCAGUUUCAUAAAUCAUGGGAGAAAAGAAGAAAAAAUAUUGACCAUCUGGGAUUCUUGUGAACUGUAUUACGUGAGAUCUUUAAUGAGGUCAGACGUUCUGGAAACGGCUAUGAAAAAUCCUGCCAAAGAUCUUGGAUUACAAAAUAUCGAAAGAUGUAAAGGGUUCAGCUCCAAUCUAUUGUCACUGGCCCAAAAUCAGAAAUCUGUAUUAACAGAAUCGACUAGGACAUACUCGUAUUUGCGAUACUAUUCCAAACAGAUGAACGAAUCCUGUGAAGGCAAAAUAUUUUCGCACAUAUCUUCGCUUGAUAAUAUUGUAACCUUACUCAAAAACAUCGGUAUUGUCAUGAAUCAGUACAAGAUAAUACUCAAUUCUUGCCCGGAGAAAACCAUAUUUGACAGCGAUAUCGUUGAAGUUCCCAUCCUAGAAUCCGAUGUUAAAGAACGCAUUCUACAAAAACACGAUGCCCUUUGGUCCAAAGCUACGAAUUUGAUUAACGAAAUAACAAUGAGCUCCAAUAAGUUGAAUGUGAACAUUUUCAAAUGGAAGGGGGCAGUACCUGCAGUGGAAUAUGACUUGAUAGUACCAACAUUUGUGCCAUUACCAGAUAACAACACUAUCCAUGAAGAUUUGGCUGAAGUCCAAGAAAAUAUCAGGAGUCUCAAAGUAAUAUUGGGCAAUACUGUCAUGACUCAAAGCCUUUCUUGGCUAGAAUCAGAAAUUGAUUAUGCUGAAAAAGAUUUAGAAUCUGAACAUCAUGACAGUAACAUAAGCGUAGAGGUUUUCAAAAAAUCUAUUGAAAGCUAUACAGAACAAAUGCUUCUCGUGAUGCAAACUCUUUACAAGAAGUACGCACAAACUGUUGAUGACUCCAAGGUUGACACAGUCGAAGAAGAUGAUGAACAACUCUGCGAUGACCAGUUGAAAAAAUUGCUAGUUGAGAAUCUAUCGUCCGAUUUAGCUCUGUUGGAUAUGAAAAAAGUGCUGAGGAAAACCCAUGACAUCGCCAAGGUUUUGCUAGCCUUGAAUCCGAGAGGUUCGGAAAACCAUAAGAGUAUGGCUCUUCAAGUUUUGCCUAUACUAGAACAACUGAUACAUCUCUACCAGUACUUCAUAACCCAACAAGUGUCCACCUAUAGGGGCUUUUGCGUACCUCCAGAACUGUCCGACGAAAUGGACAGCGAAGGUGUCAGCAAACCUUCGGACGGACUCGGUUUAGGGGAAGGGGAGGGGGAGAGAGACGUUUCCGACAAAAUUGAAUCCGAGGAUCAACUGGACGAUGCUCAACCUGCUGGCCAAGAAAAGCAAAAGGACGAAGACGAGGACUGCAAAGAGGAGGAGAAGGGAAUCGAAAUGAGCGAAGAUUUCGAUAGUAAAUUACAAGAUAAAGAGAAAAAAGAAGACGAUGACAGCGAUAGCAAUUCUGGAGAUUCGGGUGCGGAGGAGCAAAUGGGAGAAACCGGCAAAGAAGCUGAUCAAUUGGACCAGGAAAUUUGGGGAUCAGACAAGGAAGAGGAAGGAUCGGACCAAAAAGAAGAAAAAGGCGACAAGGGAGAGAAAGAAGGCGAAGACCAACUCGGAGCCAAAGAGGAUUCCAGCAAGAACCAAGAAGACAAGGACGACAAGACAUCUUCAGAAGACAAAGAGAAGAACAAGAAGGACAUCAACGAAAUGGAGGACCCGGAGUACGACGAUGACCAAGUCGAUCCACACCACGGCAACCAACCAGAGUUGCCGGAACCGGAACCGAUGGACCUACCGGACGAUUUGCAGCUGGACGACGGUGAAGAGAAAGACGGUGAAACCCAGGAGGAGAAUCCGUUCGACAUCGACGCCAUGAAGGAGCAGAAUGUCCCCGAAGACAAGAAAGAGGAAGAGGUAAACCAAGAUGCAGAGAAGCACGAUGAAGCCGAAGACUUCAGCAGCGACGACGAAGAAAUCACGAGAGACAAUAAAAGUGAGGAAGGUGCAGCCGAGGAAGAUGAACCGAAGCUAGGUGAAGAUCAACCGGAAGUAGCCCAGGAAGAGGAUUGUGGCGAGAAAGGAGUGGAAGAAUCUAGAGAAGAGAAUGAAGAAGCAGAUCAGGCAGACCAGACUGAGGAUAGCGAGGAGACUGGUCUGGAUCAGACCCAAAGUCACCAGGAGAAUCCGAUCGAGGAGCUGUGCCAAGAAGAUAAGCCCGAUCAGGAGGGGGUCGGUCAGUCCCAGAUGGAGGAGAGCUCCACGGGCCAUUCGGCCCCGACAUCCGCGCCGCAGGAGAUGAAGAGCGCCAGGGAGGAGCAGAAGGAGGAUCAGAAGAGGAAGCAGAAGCCCGGCGAGUCGGAUUCGCAAAGGAGUUUGGUUGAUGGCAAGAAGGAUGAUGGAGAUGAAGAUGAAAGUAGCGAAAAUAAACAGGAUGACACAGUGGAAAUGUUUCAACAUAUAAAAGAUGCCAAAGAAGCUGAAACACAGAUGUUGGAUACUGCGACCAAGGAGCAAGCAGAAAGCCAGAAAAAAGAAGCAGAGCAGAAGGAUGAAGAAGACAAUGAAGAUAUUGCAGAUUCUUCUAAGGAUUUGCCUCGGGACGAACCGUCAGAAGAAAUGGAAGUUGAAGAAAUCCCACCUAUCGAGAACUCUGAAAAAGUCGAGAAAACUAAAGACAAAAAGACCAGAAACAGACAACACCCUGAAGGUGACGUACUGGAAGACCUGCAAGACAUCGACAUCGAAGGCGACCUCGUGGACACCGCCACGGUACCCCGAAGCGCAGAAUCCUCCCACCACACCCAAUACGCCACCAUCUCGGCAAACACUGCUGAUCGCAUGUCCAUGGAGCAAAUCAACGCCCUCAGACUGGAGGUGGAACAGCAGCUCUCCUCCUGGCAGGAACCGCCUUCGUCCUCUGAGGCCGAGCAAGCCUGGCAGAAAAUCAGCGCGGCCACUUCUUCGCUGGCCCAGGAGCUCUCCGAGCAGCUGAGGCUGUUCCGCAAAGACAAGAUCUGGCUGCGCAGAACAAGACCCUCCAAGCGCGACUACCAAAUCGUCCUGGCCAUCGAUGACAGCUCCAGCAUGGCGGACAACCGCUCCAAAGAACUAGCCUUCGAAAGCGUAGCCUUGAUCUCCAAGGCGCUAACGCUGCUGGAAAGCGGGCAGCUGUCCGUGGUCAGCUUCGGCGAAGCUACCGCCGUGCUGCACAAGCUCAGCGAGCAGUUCACCGAUCGCAGCGGGGUGAAGCUGCUGCAGCAGUUCAAGUUCGAUCAGAAUAAGACUUGUGUGGCGAAGCUGGUGGACUUUGCCACGGAGAUGUUCGAGCAGUCGCAGCUGCGGGCGGCCGGGGCGAAUGCGAAGCUGCUGGUGGUGGUGAGCGACGGCAGGGGGGUGUUUUCGGAGGGGGAGGGGGUCGUGAGGCAGGCGGUGAGGAGGGGGAAGCUGGCGAAUAUUUUCACGGUGUUUGUGAUUGUGGAUAAUCCCGAGAAUAAGAGUUCGGUUUUGGAUAUCAGGAUGCCGGUGUUUAGGGAUGGGAAGCUGCUGGGGAUUCACGGGUAUAUGGACGUGUUUCCUUUUUCGUUUUAUAUUAUAUUGAGGGACAUUAAUUCGUUGCCUAAUGUUUUGAGUGAUGCUUUGAGACAGUGGUUCGAAGUCGUGUCGAAUUUGGAUAAAUAA